AUGACGGUGGCAGGGACGAUAAGCGAUGUUAUAAUAGUGUGGCGGCCUGGCGGAAUAGCGGCGGCGAGGCGUAUUGGAAAGCGCCAAAAUAAAUUUGGAAGGUGGUAA